AUGAAGAAUAGUCAAGACGACUACUCCACAAGCAACUGGGGCACGACUACCACCGAUACGACGAAGGACAUUGGAGACGUUGUUUUCAACAACUUUGCCCCAACCGAUACUACGCAUAUCAAGGAACAGUACGAGUACCACAAGGACUCGUCCUCUGCGACCCAGCACAAGAAGAAUUCAUUCGAGAAAGGGACAGGCUUAACGAAGAAGCCAGGCUUAGAGAAGAACAAGCCCAACAAGCAACUCAACUAUCCGCUAGCGUACCACCGUCCAGACCACAGACACCACACCCAUACGAUCAAUCUCGCAGACAUAGCCGAGCACCCAGCAGGGCAGAAACCUCUACCUCUAUCGAAGUAG